AUGAUCACUUUGCUACUACCUCAAUUAAUCAUGAACAAUGAGAACUUUGUAUCAAAAGAAAUAAGGCCUAAACAGUGGAAAAGGUUACUUUGGUUAAGACAAGAUGACUAUCCAGAUAAUUAUACAGAUCCAGAGUUUAUAUCAUAUUUAGAAAAUUUAAAAGACAUUCAACUUGAUUAUAAUUACGACCAGAUACGUAAGGAUUUUCUGAAGUUUUAUUUUAUAAUCUUAAAUACAUGUUUUUUAUUCAUAACAUUUCAUUCAAUAUAUGAAUACAGCUAUGAUCCUAAAAUGUUCACAUUUUUAACUUCAUGCAUUAUUGCAAUAAUAAGUGUAAUGAAGUACAAAUAUUUAACAAAUAAGCAGAUUAAAUCUAGCAUUAUAAUAAUUUUUACAAUAUUGACAUUAUCGCCUGUACUGAAAUCAUUAUCAAAAACAACAUCAACAGAUUCCAUAUGGGUUAUAUCUUUUUGGUUGACAAUAUAUUAUCUUUUUUCGGUAUUUAAAUCAAUGACAAGCAAAGACAAUAUCAAUAAUCAUGAUAACAACAAAGACAUUACUCUCAAUGGUAAUGAUAAUAGUGACAAGAGAAUAACAAGUAAGAAACAAAUUAAUAGAGUAGAGGAUAUAACAUAUAGUAAAAAUCUACCGACAAAUAUUCUAUUAGCUAAUGUUGCAAUGCUAUCCUCUAGGUUACCCACAACAACACACGUAUUCUGUUAUCUACUGCUUUGCAUCGAGAUUAAUAUACUUCUACCUAAACUUAUAAAUCUCUCAAAUUUGCCUGUGUCAUUGCUAUCAAAUAUUAUAGUUUAUUCAUAUAUCAAUAUAUCAUUAGGUUUUAGUAGCAUGAUAAUAUUUGGCAUAUUUUCAGUUUUAUUCACUGCUAUCUUACCAAGAAUCUUUUGGUACUGGGAGACUUAUUAUAAAUGUAAGACACCAGAGAUAUUAUCCUUAUGGGACACGAAGACACCAAUCCUAUCAUAA